UGCACUGCUUCAAGUCAGGCCAUAUUCUCUGCUCCAAGGGUCAGAACCAACUCACGGGUCCCGGGGCACUCGCGGCCUGAAGUGGCUGCUUGUGUUCCAGGCGUGGCGAAGGGAAGUGGACACCUGGGCCCUCAGCCAGCACCUUCAUGGCCCCUUGAGGAUACACUGUCUCCUUCAAGCCUGCUUGAGCAGGGUCAGGUGGAUGGCAUGCUGAGGACCUUCCUGCCCUGUUACCGCAGGCAGCUGGCUGCAGCUGUGCUCAGGCACAUCUCCCAGGAGCUGGGACCCCAGGAGCCAGCCGGAUGCCAGCUGUCCCACACCAAAAAGCUGCCUCGAGUCAGGGAGCACCAAGGACCCUUGACCCUGCUUCAGGGCCGCCAGCCACAGUGGCAGCCCACUUUCUGUGUUCUGCGUGGGGAUGGACGUCUGGAAUGGUUCAGUCACAAGGAGGAAUAUGAGUCUGGGGCCCGUCCGUUGGGCUCUGCAGCUCUGACCGGCUACACAUUGCUCACAUCCCAGCGUGAAUACCUCUGCCUUUUGGAUGACCUCUGCCCCAGCUCCUCUGGAGACCUUGCCCAGGAGGAGCCGCUGCGGGUGCUGGAGGAGCCCGUGAGCUUUGUGCUCUUCCUCGUGCACCCCUUCCGGGCUCACCUCUGCUUCUGCGCUUGCUCUCGGGAAGCGCAGCGCGCCUGGAGGCUCAGCCUGCAAGGUGCCAUUCGUCUGAGAGCCACCGUUCUGCAGCGCAGCCGGGCGCCUGCAGCUUGCGCCUUCCUGGACGCCGUGCGGCUCUAUCGACGACGCCGGGGCUAUGCUGGUGGAGACGACGCGACCCUGGGCUCCGACGCAGAGGUGAGCGGUGUCCCGCAGACCCCGAGCGUGUUCCGCCGUCUGCCGCCCAACAGCCCCACGCCUCCCCUUCAGGUGCUGAGCGCCGAGCUGAUGCGGGAGCUGUUGCCCGCGCUGCGAGCACAGACGCUCCGAGGCCUGCGCGGUGCCGGACGCGCCCGAGCCCGGGCCUGCGCGGAGUUCCUCGACGCCGUGCACGCGGCUGUCCUGGCCUGGGUAUCCUCGGGGCUGCGUGCCUUCCAGCCAGAAAAGGAUGCACUACUGGCGGCACUGGAGAGGAUGGUGCGCACAGAUCUCGAGCACAUCCUGCAGCAGCGCGCACUCGGGGCACGGAGAAUAGAAGCCGAGAUCCAGGACUCAGUAGAGGUAUGUCUGUGCGGGAAGGUGGACCCGCAACUGCCUCAGCUUACCCUUGCGCUGCUGAGCCCCGCGGAAUCCACGCUCCAAGCUGUUCGGACCCUUCUCAUCCGAGGGAUGGACCGGCUGUGUCACUAUCUUCAUAAGAACCCUUCUGGCACUCGGCUGCGCAGGGAGGUUUAUGAAUUUGGGGAGAUACCAUGGGACCCAGAGCUGAUGCAGGCUUGCUACCGGGAGGCGGAGAGGAACCACAACCAUCUAGCCGAGCUGGCAAAACCCUUUGGCUUCCUGGGGAUGCGGAGCCUGGUGUUUGGGGCCCAAGACCUUGCACAACAGCUCAUGGCGGCUGCAGUUACCACCUUUCUGCAGCUGGCAGACCAGUGUCUGACGUCAGCUCUGGACUGUAGACAGGCAGCUGAGCAGCUGGAGAAAGUCAGGGGCCUUGUGCUGAAGAAGUUCACCUCAGACAGUGAGGCCACUCUGUGGAGGUUCACCCGGGACUGGCUGCUGGGGAUCUUCUGGCCCUUUGUAUGGAGUCAGCUCGGGAUGCGACAUAACUUGGAACCACUGGAGGUGGAUGGGGACAUCCUGGCCAUGGGCUGCCAGGUUCUGACCACCGAGGGUGUCUACAGGGAUGUCAUUCAGGGCCUCUUGCUGCAGAGGAUUGACAAAGGGGAAUUCCAGCUGCCAUUGAUUUGUGAUGUCUGCAUAGAGCAGCAAUGUUGGGUAGGGCUGCCAUUCUCCUGGCUAGGUGGAGUGCAGGGGUUUAUCUUUUAUUCUAGAGUUGAAGAAGGUUCUUGGUGCCAGUGACAGAGCUAGCUGACUGCCCAGUAGCCCAGUGGGACCAGGAAGGAGCAGGCCGAAUGCAGCCACUCCAUACAACAUGGCUUCCAAGAACAUUCCAGAGCUGAGUCUUAACCAUCCACAUACAUCCUGGAGGACAACGGAUAAAGACCUUGGCCUCCCUGGGCCAAGCGUAUGAAUGCUUCUGGCUUUGUAACUGUUAUAUAUUCACCAAAGCAUCAUAGAUGGUAUAUUCCUGCUAAAAUUUGUACACUCAAGUUCUGAGCUAGCCUGGACUGCCAUAAUAAGACACUGUCUCUAAAAAAAAAAAAAAUCCA